CAGCGCUUAGCUGUGUACGUUUAGUGAGAGGGCGUGGGUUCCUUAUCUCCCACACCGUCGUAGAUAACACGCCGGGAACUCUACAGCGGAGGCUGUGGAUUCUGUUGUGUUUGAUCACCCAAUGUCAUAUGUAUAGUCCCCGUGUGCUAUGGCCCACGAAAAAUAACGAUGUCACAACCGCUUAAUGGGGCAGCACUCAAGUAAGCGUGUCAUGUCGAGGUAACCACUGAUUGGAGCCAUAGGAUUACAAACGUGCGAAUCGCACCUUAUUCCUUCCAAGUAACAAAUACGAUUAUGGGCGAUGCUCCCGAGAAGGCACCACAAACGACAUCGAGUGCUGGUGGCGGCGGCAACGACUUCCAGAAUUUGGAAGAGACACAACAGCUCCUUCAUCCGCCUUCUCACCAUACGCAGGUAACUCAUCCACCGUCUACAUCUCUGAGUCAUUCGUCUACACGAAAGUCGAGCAAGAAGAAAUCGCAUAGGAAAAGGCGGCAAGGAAGUGUGUCACAAUCCGUAGCCGACAGCAAGUACAGCACAAACUCUCCAAGCUCAUCAACUGUCAAUGAUGAAACUUUGGUCCCUCUGACUGAUAGCAAGAGUUCUGCUGCAAUCGAACUGACCAUCUUGGAAGCACCACCUAUUGAUUCUGCUGAUAUACCAACUGUUCUUGUUCAACCACCAUCAUCAACACCAUCAAUAAGUGCUUCGAAGGAUGAGCAGAUAUUAGAAGCUCUCAGGGAGGUGGUUCGCAAUUGCUCUGUGCAAGACCCUGACAAAAGAACCUCAGCUGCCGAAGUUCACGCGAUGCUGAGCAAGCUUUUGUGAAAAGAAGUAAAGCUGCUGACCACUGACCAGUGACUGAAGCGUUGCGCUUGGACAGUGUUUACGUAACAUCAGAAAUCGCGCCCUGAGGCGCAUUUUCACCCAUUUAGAUUUGUUUGCUAUGUCUAUUUGUGCCACAUGCUGCGUGAUCUCUUCGUUGUAAAUAAGCAUUUAGUUCUUUUAUUUCGUCGAGGAGCUGUGCAAUAAAAUAGCAAUUGAUACCACUCA